AAGUUUGGAAUUAAAUAAAGAUAGAGAUGUGGAAAGAAUACAUGGGAGUGGUAUCAACACCCUUGAUAUUGAGCCUGUUGAGGGAAGAUACAUGUUAUCCGGUGGAUCAGAUGGUGUUAUUGUACUUUAUGACCUUGAAAACUUGAGCAGAAAACCAAGUUACACAUGUAAAGCACUUUGUUCUGUGGGAAGGAGCCAUCCUGAUGUACACAGAUACAGUGUGGAGACAGUCCAGUGGUAUCCUUACGACACUGGCAUGUUCACAUCCAGCUCAUUUGAUAAAACCUUGAAAAUAUGGGAUACAAAUACUUUACAGCCUGCAGAUGUAUUUCACUUUGAGGGAACAGUCUAUAGCCACCACAUGUCUCCAGUUGCUACAAAGCAUUGUUUAAUAGCAGUUGGUACCAAAAGCCCCAAAGUACAGCUCUGUGACUUGAAGUCUGGAUCCUGUUCUCACAUUCUGCAGGGUCACAGGCAAGAAGUACUGGCAGUGUCUUGGUCCCCACGUCACGAAUAUGUUUUGGCAACAGCAAGUGCUGACAGUAGAGUAAAAUUGUGGGAUGUGAGGAGAGCAUCGGGAUGUCUGGCUACGCUUGAUCAGCACAAUGGAGAAAAGUCCAAAGCAUCUUCUGAGGCAGCAAACACUGCUCACAAUGGUAGAGUUAAUGGUUUAUGCUAUACAAAUGAUGGACUUCAUCUGCUGACUAUUGGUACAGAUGAUCGGAUGCGACUCUGGAACAGCUCCACUGGAGAAAACACAUUAGUGAAUUAUGGGAAAGUCUGUAAUGAAAGUAGAAAAGGACUCAAAUUCACCACCUCUUGUGGCUGUAAUCCAGAGUUUGCCUUUGUACCAUAUGGUAGUACCAUUGCUGUUUAUACAGUUUUCACAGGAGAACUGAUAACUAUGCUUAGAGGGCAUUAUAGUACUGUCAACUGCUGUGUAUUUCAACCUAAUUUUCAGGAACUUUAUAGUGGUAGCAAAGACUGCAAUAUCCUUGCAUGGAUACCAGCUCUUCGAGAGCCAGUUCCUGAUGACAUUUCUGAAAUGUCUCUGCCUCAACAGCCUUUAAAUCCAGCAUAUGAAGACGCAUGGAGCAGCAGUGAUGAUGAAGGCUGAACUUCAAUUAUGUGCUGAUAUAAAACUGACAUUCAGGCACUGUGUUCAUGGACUUAAUCUACAGAACUGGAUAUUGUCAGAUGUAUUAUGACUGGAUUUUUGGUACAGUUCUGUUAGAGCAAGGUCUCUCAGUAACAAGUUUCCACUGUUCUCUAUUGUUCUUUCUUCACUGUUACUGUUAAAUUUAAAGGAUUACUUUUUCAUACUUACUGACUUUUAUACUUACCCUUACACAUUGAUAUACUUUAUUCAGUGUUGAACAACUGUCGAAGGAAAAAUAAAAGCCCUUGGGACCA